AGGAAAUGGGUCACGUGACGAGGGGGAGGAAUGUUCAGCGGUUAGAUCUUUGAAAAGCGAGCUGCCUCCACUUCAUCUUCUCACGUUGAGGAUCAAAAGCGGCACAUCAGAGCAGCCGAGUCUCGAAAAUGGUUUGGUUCCAUUGUUCUCGGUGGUGCACGGAAUAAGGGAUUCAAUCAAAAAGGUUUUGCCUGAUGACACUUUGGACCUAAAUGAUGACAUCUGCGGAAGUACAUGGAAUAACCAUGAAGCCUCUUGUUGCUCUUGUGCUUCUUUCUAUCAUCAAUUUUGUGUCAGGAGUGGGCGUCCCGCAGGUUGACGCACUGUCCGUGAAUGUUCUGGAUGGCGAGGUGGUCGUUCUUUGGAAGCAACCCCGAAACACCACAUCUGACCUCAAGUACAAUGUGCAAAUGGCAAAGCUUGCUGGUGAAUGGGCCAUGGUGCUUAGCUGCACAAAUAUUACAAAUACCUACUGCCACCUGAGUGGUCUCAUACGUGACUAUGGAGCUGGCUAUAAGGUCCGGAUCCAAACAGUUGACGGAGCCAACAAGUCAGGGUGGACAGUGAAGAAAUUCCUCCCAAAUGGAAGCAAGCUUCAACCUCCUUCCUUCACGUUAUACGCUACCUCCAGCACCAUAACAGUCCGCGUUCAUCAAAAACCUAUCCUCAGAAAGCUCUUUCCUUAUGGGGUUACUUACAUCAUCAAGCUGGAAGAAAAAAACAGAAUUGACAAAGUGGAAGCCAAGGAGCCAAUAAUGGCGUACCUGAUAGAUAAUGAAGAUCAGGGGUCUAAAACUUUCACUUCUCUCCGGUGGGGGGUUGAAUACUGCGUCAGUAUGAUGGUGGAGGGAAACGGCGCUUUGUCCAAGAGCGAUUUAUCCCCAGAACAAUGCCUCCUGCUUCCAGAACAAGAAUGGUUCAUAAUUUCGGUGUCAUCCCUGACGGUUCUGAGCGUGUUGGCUGUGGCGGCCAUUUUGGUUGUCGGUCUAUUUUGUCACCUGAAACGUCCGGCGAAAAUGCCUGCUGCAUUGAAAUCCCCUGUUCGUGGCUGGCAUCCACUCACUCUUGGAGAAGGCCCAAUAGAAGUGGUCACAGACAAAGGUUGGUUCCUGACUGGCAGCAGAACGGAAGUGAGAAACUUUGCAGAAAUUUCUCAGAACAAGGGGACACUUGGCGUUUUGAGAAAACACAACGACAGGGCAAGCGUUGACAGCGGCGUUAGCAUGGAGUGCAACGCCACAGAAAAACAAGACAGAAGUCCACAGAGGAGACAAGAUGAUAGUGGUUGCGGGAGUAUGGGAGAAACGGUGUAUCCCCAUCAGGAUGACCCCAUGCAGACAAGGUGGAAGGAAAGCGGGGUGGGACUCGGAUCCCGAUUGGAAUCCUUGACUGUGAACACAUUGGGUCAGGAAAGCGGACCCCAGUUUGACAAUUAUCGCAGGCAGAGCCCCGCACUACAGAGUCACCUUGACGGGAGGCCGAAACAGAUCCUUCCCAGUCCAGUUUUGGCCGAAGUGGUCCUGGACUACCGGGCAGGGCCUCAGUCAUGUACCUGCUCUGGGGCAGAUCAGUGCUCCUGGUGCCUCAAACGCAUCGUCCACGAGGAUACAACAAUCCGAAAGCAUAAAAUCCUGCUGAGCAAGGAAGACAUUUUAAAUGACACAAGGACACGGACGGAAACGACAUUGGGUUUCCCUUUGUUAACAGCUCUGACGCAAGGGAUAGACCUCAACACGAACACUGUGGCCAUUUCACUUUGCGACUUACUAGAUACCGAUUGAGCCACCUGAGACGUGUUUCAAAAUAUGCUGACGAAAAAUAGCUGCUGCUUUGGGAAUAAUACUCCCUUUCCUUUUUGUGUAUCUAAACCGUUUGUGGGAGGAAGGGUGUGUGAAGGAAAAAAAAAAAGUGGUUACAGCAAAAAUAUCCUUAUAGGAAAGAAAUGCAAAAGUAAAUGUGCUAUUGAACCCGAUAUCACAUCUGCUGAAAGGGAAGUACGCUUGAAGUGAAAAUAUUUUUCAGGGAACUAUUUUAGUGAUGUGAUUAUAAUGUAUUCUUUUUUUUUUUUAAUGUAAAGAUAUUUUGUAGUCACAUGUGACUUUAACUGUCAGAGUGUGUCAGUGUCAUUAUUGUUUGUGGGAAAUAUUUAUUUUUCUUAAAUACAAGCCAUGUGAAUUAAAAUUGCAUUUAUUUAUUGUCUUCACUGUAAUGACACAAGAAAAUAACCACAGUUUGCGGUUCUGUACCCAAAUGCCCCAUUAGAAACUGAGAAGUGGACUGAGACAAAAUCAUUUCCCCUUUCAUGAAACAACUUGUUUUCACAGAAGUCAACAUCUCCAGCCCAUUUAAGGCAUAAAACAUUUGCUUCUUUUCAUUGGACAGCCAAAUCUCUUCAGUAAGCAGUAAUCUAGUAUUAAUUGCUUUUUGCAGAAGAUAAAGAAUAUAUCCUUGUGAGAGUUUCUAUAUUACCCGUCUAAAUGUGUUGUUCAACUGUUUGUGUUCAAAUAUCCAUUGUUUAAAGGUUAUAGCAUCAAAACACCGAUGCUAUUCAUUAGCCUGUCUAUGGAGUUUUGUAUUGUGUGUUAGCAUUAGGCUAGCGACGUUUCGACAAAGGUAGAGAAAUUAUUUGGUUGUUUUCAAUGCACAAGCGAGCGUGUAUGUUUUCAAGUCCUUAUUUCAAAGUUUUUAUUCUGCACUUAAAGUUAAAAUGUUUUUAGCAUUAAACUUGCUGCAAAAGAAAAAAAGUUGUUUUUUUGCAAUGGUUAAAAACAGAAGGAGAUGACCUUUUGGAGUUUUUUUUUUUUUUUUUUAAUCAGCCGAGCAGAGUCAUAUUAUGAGAAAAGCAAUGAGUCAUAGUUCCAUGACCAGUCAAAAUUUCAGCAGAUGUGUGAGAUUUGGAGGCGAACAACUUGCUGUUGCUUGCAUUCUCAAGCAUAAGUCAUUACUACUACUAAAUGUGGUGAUUCCGUUUUAUUUGUUUUGUUUUUAUUUGUCAUAUUUUUAAUACAGGCAGAAAGUCUAUAUACAGUAGCGUUUGCAGUACAAGGCAACAUCAGUCCAACUGGGUCACAUGACACAAAGAGUCCACGUAAUUUUUAAGGAAAAAUCCCUUCAAACAUCAAUCUUGAUAUUAUAAACACAUGGGAUUUUUUUUUUUUUUUUUCCAAUGACAUAGAGGUGACAGGUCAUUUUUUGGAGCCACUAAUGGUGAAAGGUGAAGACGACUUUUUUUUUAAGCCGACAGUGCUGUGGAAUUAAAAUUUAAAACAAUCCGUUAACUUCGAAAUUGAAUUUCCACUUAUUCGUGUCAUAUACUCACGUGAGGACUCUGUCCGUCAGCGG